AUGAACGGUCAAGACAUGGUCGUCUACGAACACGAAAUGAAAAACUAUGAGAUGAUGUUGACAGAGUUCUAUGAUGCAAAUUCCAGUAACGCUGUAAAGCUGUGUAUGCAAGAAGAGUUUGACAAAUUUGGGGAGCGAGAUAAAUGUUGGGUACAGUGUUGUUACAACCUGGAGAACAGUAAAAACCAAUAUUUGUUAAUGUUCAGUUUGAACAUAAUGGAGAUGAUUAUCAAUAAGAAAUGGGAAAAAAUGACUUUCAAAUCUCAAGAAACAUUGAGAGAAGCAAUUUUUAACCAUAUUGUGAUGAAACACAAAGAAUAUCCAAAAUAUAUGAUCAGUAAAAUGAUCAAGUUAUUAGUCGAUAUAGCCCGUAAUGAUUGGCCAUUGCGGUAUCCGAAUUUUAUCGAUCACAUUGCACAAUUGCUCGUAAAUCCUGAACAAGUUCUUUUGGGUUUAUCAUUUUUGCUUUUGUCAUCUGAAGAAUUUAUUAGCCCCAAAGAAGAUCUUUUAGGCAAAAGAAAACAUGAACUGAAAGUAAAUUUUUUGAAGCACAUUCCCAAAUUGUUUGAAAUACUUUCAGAUAUUUUGAAAAAUGCCCAUAAAACUUCAAACUCAGAUGAAAUAUAUGAAGCGGUAACAAAAGUAUUUUCUGAUAUGUUUACAUGGCUUCCAUUUGAAAAGCACCUGACUCCUGAUUUAUUACAUGUCUUGAUGCCCCUAGGAAAAAAAGAGAAUGCUACAUCCAUUAACACUUUAACUAUAUUUAAUGAAGUUCUUAGUAAAUCAUAUACUCAAACAGAAGAUAGAUAUUUCAUUUUGUCUGAGUUAUGUCUUUAUACAUUCCGUUUAGUUGAAAAUAUCAUUGCUGUUCCUGAAAUUGGUUUUGUGAGUGAAGCUUAUAUGGUUAUAGUUAUUGAAAUUCUAUCCGUAGUCAUUAGAAAGUAUUGGAACUAUCUUGAUAGUCAUUUUAAUAAUGGUGAAUUCUUAGAGCUACUAUUACAAUUUACAUUCCGGCAAGAUGUUUUAGAUUGUUAUUAUCAAUGUUUGGAUAUUUGGUGUAGUAUUUUCGAAGCAUUGUCUGAUCGUCCUGGAUGUACUGAAAAGUAUCGUCGUAUAUUUUUAGAUCUUGUUGAAAGAGUGACACAAAAAAUUAAUACUUUUGGCAGUAUAAAUGAUGAAACUUAUGAUGAUGAUGGACAAACUGAAUGCCAAAUAUUUUUGAAUAAAAAUAUUGAAAUUAUAUCAAAUGUAGCACAUCUUUAUCCAGUUAUCGCUGUGCCUGUGGUUGAUAAUUGGAAAGUCUAUAUAAAUGAUUAUAUAACUAUACUGAAUUCACCCAUGCUACUGGAAAACUUUAAGGAUUCCAAGUGCAUGUUCUUAGUUCCAUCUACAAGAACUUUGACAAGCCUGAGUGGCUAUUAUGAAGAUUCUAUGAAAAUUGCGAUUACAAAAAUGCUCAAUGACAUAGCGAUUCAAGGUGUCGCUACAACACCGCUUUAUCAAUUACCUGUUUCACAAUCAACUACAAAAACUCUGAUUCAAAUUCAGAGCGAAAUCCUCACGGCAUUAUCGAGGUGGAUGCAUUUAUUAAACAACAACAAACAAUUUUGUAUGGAACAGAAUCGAGAAAAACUUUUUUCUGUUUUGGUUACGUCUUUACAAGACACGAGGCAACCCACUCAGAUACAUGAUGCUUGUGGAGUUCUACUACCAACAGUUACUGAACCUAUGCUUGUUCAUAUUAGCGAGUACACAUCAUUGCUUGAACAAUUAUUAUCACCAUUUUUAGAUGGUUCUAUAACACUUAAUCAUUUAAAUAAGAAGACUCGCUUGUCAGUGAGGGUAACAUCUUUAAAGUUUCUUUUGACUUGUCCCAGUCAAGAAGAAGAAAUAAAAGUAUUGGUUCUCAUGAAUUAUUUAAAGUCAUUAGCACCAUCUGGAUUAAAUGAUUUGAAAAUGUUAACUGAUGUUCUUGUUAGCAGUGGUCCUUACAAAAUGUCUACUAGAAGAAUUAUUUAUCGUUCUGUUGAACCAUGUUUGAUUGAAGCGGUUACACACCUGAAAAAUGAUAUGCAAUCAGAGUCCUCGCUCAAUCCACAAAUGGAAAAAUGUGAACGAGUGAUUACAUUUUUAUCAGAGAUGUAUGAAUUAUUGCAUGACACUAUGUCACCUCAGUUUGUACAAAUUCUUAUGCAAACCUUUGUUGACUUAGACAUGAUAUGGUCCGCUAGUACAAUGUUGACAAUCAAAAUGCUUGAAGUUCUAUCAUUAAUUGUUAAACAUUCUUCUAAAUCAAAUAAAGAGUUUACAUCUGUAGUUAUUAAAUUAGGAUUAGAGAAAUUAAUUCCUUUGGUAGCUUCUAACUGCUACCCACCAACAGUUUCUGCACUUUAUAAUUUGCUCUUUUGUGUUUUGAUGUAUAAAUGGAGAUAUUUUUUUCCUGCUUCUCCAUCUCUCACUGUGCUGCAUCCUACUAACGAUAAUAAUGUUGAUAAUUCUGAACAGUUCACUACAAUAUUAGAAGUAAUAGGAUACUCAUUUAUGACAAAUGAUAUAAGUAUUUUUUCACAAAACUUAAAAGCUAUUGAAGAACUACACGUACAAUGGAAUUUAUAUGCAAAGGAAUAUUUCAAACAUUAUUUUCUCAGCAAAUACAUGACUGUACUAUUGAACGUUAUGGUUAAUAAAAGCCACACAAUUCUAUCAGACGAAAUAUCAAUGACUAUUUACAACAUGGCUAGUGUUGAUUUUGAUUAUUUCUUUUCUAAAUUCUUGCCUGAUUACUUGAAACAAACAGACAAUAUUCGUAAUGAUCAGCGACAAUUUUUGAGGCAAAAACGCAUGCAGCCAGUCAAAGAACUACCAACAUUUAUGAUUAACCUCGCUCAGUUAACAAAUGACAUAAGAUGUUCAAAACAAAUUUGA